AUGCAGCUCCUCAGUUUGAUCCCACUCGCCGCCACUCUUUUCAGCGUUACCCUCGCGUAUCCAGCUCCGGUUUCAAACAUAACCGCGCGUGCCCCUUCAUCUUUCACUCAUCCUGGUGUCCUGCUCAGCUCCUCCCAGCUCGACUUUAUCCGUACCAAAGUCAACUCUGGUGCACAACCAUGGUCGAAUGCGUACAGCUCUAUGCUCGGACACGCUCUUCUCUCGCAAUCCCGCACCCCUUCGCCUCGCUCUGUCGUCGAGUGUGGUUCUUACUCCAACCCCAAUAACGGGUGCACGGAGGAAAGACAGGACGCUCUCGCGGCGUACGGAAAUGCACUGGCAUGGUAUAUAAGCCAGGAUAGCAAGUAUGCGAAAAAGGCCAUUUCGUACUUUAACGCUUGGGCGGGUACGAUUACGGACCACACCAACUCCAACGCCAAGCUCCAGACGGGCUGGGCUGGUACGUCGUGGGCAAGGGCCGCAGAGAUCAUUCGAUAUACAUACACUGGAUGGUCUUCGAGCGAUAUCACCACGUUUUCGAACAUGUUGCGCAAUGUGUACCUCCCAGAGAUUAUUGGAGGCUCGAAUAGUAACGGCAACUGGGAACUCGUCAUGAUGGAGGCAGCACAGGCCAUUUCAGUCUUCCUCGAGGACAAGACUAGCUACGACAAAGCGAUGACAAAGUACCUCGGCCGUGUUCCCGCCUAUGUCUAUCUCACAACCGAUGGUGACUAUCCAAAGGGCGCACCCGGGAGCCCCCAGACUACGAAAGCGGCAAUUAUCGACUACUGGCAAGGUCAAACUACAUUCGUUAACGGUAUUGCUCAAGAGACGUGCCGCGACUUUGUUCACACUGGAUACGGCAUUGCAUCCAUCGGCCACGUCGCGGAGACGUCUCGUAUCCAAGGUACGGAUCUCUACACUGGAGAUAUCGGCACACGCCUCCGCUAUGCUCUCGGUUUUCACUCGCAGUAUGAGUUGGGAGCCUCAGUUCCUACUUGGCUCUGCAAUGGCGAUCUGAACCUAGGCUUGGGACCGAUCACCGAGAUUGGGUUCAACGCUAUGAACACUAGGCUUGGAUAUGCGAUGACGAAUACCCAAACGCUAACGCAGAAUCAGCGUCCUGCCGGGACGAAUUUGCUGUUCGUUGGGUGGGAGACACUGACGCAUGCGGGGAACACGGCAUAA